CUAAAAUGACUAAUCUCUUUAUACUGAUGUUUCACCUAAUUCUAGCAUAUCUUUUGUUAGAUAAUGAUUGCAUCUUAUAGGCCGCGUUCAAUUUGCUAUAAAAUACUAUGCUUUUGCUGGUCUACUAAAAGCUGAAACUCCCACUAAUCGUAAAUAAACAUCAAUCUGCUGAUGUUUUUGGUCCACUAAUAUUCCUGUAUGUAUGCAAAUCGUAUAUCGAUCAAAAUCAAAUAAAGUAUUAACCCGAGGGGACCAAAUCAAAUAAAAAGUGAUGACAAAGCCCAAAUGUUUAAGCAAAUCACAGAGGCCACCAAGCCCAUGUUUAAAAAACACUUCUCGCCCACAGCCACCGGCAAUCUUCCCGCCAUGGAUUCCCGGCGUAGCCUCAAACCUAAGUUUUCAAACACAUAUCUUCUUCCCCUUCAUGGCUCUGAUCUUGAAAUAUAAUUAAAAAGAAGCUGGAGAUUUCAAAAUGGACGGUUACUCUCUCUCUCUCUACCUCGGUGUUCUCGCUCCUCCCACGUUCCUCCUCGCCUCUUACGCGUUGCGUGUUUCCUAAAAAGGCCAGUUCGCCACCUUCGUCGCCGCUUCGUCCUCUUCACACAAAGCGGCGACGAUCUGAUUCCCACUACUCGAUCGUACAGAUUCGAAUCGAAUCUACGCUCCGUGUUUCCCGCGAUUAUCGAGCUGAUAUAAAGUGUAAUCAUCUUCCUUAUUCGCAUCACUCGCAUCUUCGAUUCCGCGAAUUGAGGGGGGGAGAGAACGAAUCUGCGAUUCUUCUCAAGGUAAUCAUCAGCUUCCAUGUCUCUCUCUCUCUACUAUCUUGCGCGUUGCGUGAAUACGUAAAUCUCAAUUAGCUGCAGGAGCUUUGAAGAUAUGACUGAUGUGGAACGUGAAGCGAUUGUUAACGAUGAAUCAGAGCCGAAUCGAUUCAGUGAUAAUGCUAGUAAAAGCCUUGUCUGUCAACUUCAUAGUGGCUUUAGUGAAAGGUUUCUCAGAUGGAGACGGAGGUAUCUUCCCGUUGGUGGAGGUACCAGACGUGGCCACGGUUCAGUGAAGCUUUCGGGACCUCUUGUUUCUGGAGCAGCUUACUGUGUCUCUUCCUGCAGCAUGAUAAUUAUGAAUAAGAUUGUUCUCUCCAGCUAUAAUUUCAACGCAGGAGUCUCUUUGAUGUUGUAUCAAAACUUGAUCAGCUGUUUGGUGGUAGCUCUACUAAAACUCUCUGGAGUGGUUUCAGUGGAAAGAUUUAACUGGAAGUUGAUAAGAGUGUGGAUGCCUGUUAAUGUUAUCUUUGUGGGCAUGCUCAUCUCAGGAAUGUACAGUUUGAAAUACAUAAACGUUGCUAUGGUGACUAUACUGAAGAAUGCAACGAAUAUUAUUACAGCGAUAGGGGAGUUAUACAUGUUCCGAAAAAGGCAGAAUAACAAGGUUUGGGCUGCAAUGUUCAUGAUGAUCAUCUCUGCAAUUAGCGGAGGCAUCACGGAUCUUACAUUCAACGCGGUAGGGUACACGUGGCAGACUGCCAACUGCGUUCUAACUGCAAGUUAUUCACUUACUCUGCGCCGAGUCAUGGAGAAAGCAAAACAGUCCACAAAGUCUGGGUCCCUUAAUGAGGUGUCAAUGGUGCUGCUGAAUAAUCUCUUGUCACUGCCUUUUGGCAUAAUCCUUAUCAUCUUACUGGGUGAAUGGAGAUACGUAAUAAGCACGGAUGUGACACAAGAUGCAAUGUUUUGGGUAGCCGCAACAGCAAGUGGCUUCCUUGGUCUGGCCAUCAGCUUCACUUCGAUGUGGUUCUUGCAUCAAACCGGACCCACAACGUACAGUCUGGUGGGUUCAUUAAACAAGGUUCCGAUAUCAUUAUCUGGUCUUGUACUCUUUGAUGUCCCUCUCAGUCUCCCAAAUUUGUUCAGCAUACUUUUUGGUUUAUUUGCUGGUGUUGUCUUUGCCAGAGCCAAAAUGUCAUAACCGUGUUUCCAAGCCAAAGUACAACUCGUUGCAGAGGCUGAAGACAAUUU